GGGCGCCGCGUGUGUACCCAGACAGUGAAAAGGUACGGUGCUCCACUGCCUCACUGCCCCCUCUUUGGCCCUCACCAUCGCUGGUCCCGGGACCACGCCAUUGUCUGGCCCUAGCUGUCGGAUUCUACCUGCAGAAUCGAGCGCCUAAGAUCCCACGGCAUGGUUGAUCGCCCGUAACCGUCCCCGCCAGUGACUUCCCGACUACAGACAAGAUCUGGUCGUGCGGGCUCCAACGUUUGGGAAACUCCCGCGCCUGACAGCCUAGGACCCUUCAAUGCGCUCUGUGGCAUCGUGUGGUCGUACUCGAGAAGCGCGAGAGCUCUGCGCCGCCUAUGGCUGUCGGGGUGGAGCGCCGUGCGAAGAAAGUUGCUUCUAGGUUAGAUCAAGCGUUGCUUUUGCAACCUGUCAGUAACGCAAUGUCCUAUAAUCCUUUGACCCAAACCACUGGAGUCGGCUUGUCUGCACCAACUACUUCUAUCCACACCUCCGAGGACCGUCACGAAUAUAACCAUACCCUACCCGCCCAGGCUGCUCUUCCCUCGCCACAGCAGCCGGCCCACAAGAAGAGACGGCCCUCCAAAGACAAGACGACGACAGCGAUUCGACGAUCUUCCUCAACGCCGCAUAUGCGCAAUCUGGCUCUUGGGACUACUGGCGAGCUGUCGCCGACGAGCGACAAGCGGCGCAACAAGCUCGGGUACCAUCGAACUUCGGUCGCAUGUGGCCACUGUCGACGAAGGAAGAUUCGAUGCCUCGUUGCCAACGACGAGCCCACAGGUCGCUGCGCAAACUGCAUUCGACUGAAGAAGGAAUGCAACUUCUAUCCUGUUGACCAGAACCCCGAGAACCCGCGCCCCCAAACUGGCGCAAUCAAGGAUGUGAACCCAGGCGCGUCAGCGUCUGCUACCUCUUCUCCCCGGCACCCUCCGUCCAUGUCCGGGGAGAAAAUAGACGAGUUCCGUCCGCCGUUCAAUGGACCAGUCUCUGGGAACCCAGUGUCGAGAUACGGCGUACCUGGCGACCCAGAAGUCGAACCCCACCAUGUUCCACCUUCGAGUGGUGUGCCGAUGCAACAGCAACCUCCCUACGGUUAUCCUCAUGCAAUCGACACGCAAUGGCCACCUGCCCCGGGCUUUCUACCUUCCACUUCUGUCGCGGAAAGCCCCUCUUCCUCCAGCGGGUACUGGCGGCCAUCUCCCUCCACCGCGAAUUCGACUUACGGCAGUGAAUCGAAUGUCUCCGGUGGACAUACCCCGGCUACCAUGAGCACCUCCUCUACGAUGUCCUAUGGAGGGCAACCGGAUAGUCAUAACUGGGGAGCACCGGGCUUCCAGCCUCCUACGAGAUCCAUGUCUUAUGGGAAUAUCGAAGGGAUUCCCCAGCAGUAUUCAAAUCCCGGGCUUGGCAUCCAGCAGCACGACUAUCCUCGCCGGACUUCACCGUAUCCCUACCCGUCGACGAUAGACACGAGUCCUUCGACACUACGUUCGAGCUCGAUAGGAGGCCAUACGUCGGCACCUCUUUCAGCGCCAAUCCUUCCGAACCAACAGUACAGCUACCCAACACCCUGGAACCCAUACGGAGGCGGUCCGGCUCCAGCUCCAGCUCCUGGCCAUGAAAUGCCUGCGCCAAGUCGUUCGAUGAGUGGGCAGUGGUAUCACGAGCCAGGGCAAUUGGACCAGGUGCAGGAAGAAGGCGGACCUCCGAUAUCAUACAGUCAUCAUGGCAUCCAGCAGUUCUACUCUGGGCCAUAGCGUCGAAACUUCACUUUUCCAUCUGCGGCUUAUUCUGGACGGCAUUUCACCAUUCGACACUUCAUUCAUCGGAGUUUAUAGAGCGCUUCGGCGGGUUUUGUUUGCGACUUUCACCACGGUUUCUAGGGCAAAAGGACGGACUUCAGGAUGGAUUUUCUACGAGGCAUAUGGCGGAUUGGGUAAUGGACCAUGGAUCAGAAAAGUAAUGGACCGGUCACGGAGGGACGGGGAGGGCGCCUUCACGUCGGACGCG